UUAUUCUGCAGCCUUAUCACUUGACUGGUUGGGUCAAUGCUCUAGGUCGGCUAGUGCCGGCUAGCGGAGCUUUCUGGGCCGGCUAUUCCUACCUUGUAUUUUUCUGUAGUCUGACAAAAAUUCAGCCUAGUAAACCUUGCAAUUGGUAUGUGUUCUUCUUUUAUCUUCCGCCUAAAUAUCAGGCUCUCCUAAGAUGCCAAAAAGUAUUCUGAUAACUUGUGUUCUUAUUUGCUUUGCAAUUUAUCAUGAUGAUGCCAAGGCAGAAAAGCACUGUCGGCCAGCAUCUUGUGGGGAUCUCCAUGACAUUAGGUACCCGUUUCACUUGAAAAGUACUGCUACUUCGGCUAACAAUUGUCUGAACUCUCCAGCUGAACUUUUAUGUGAGCAGAAUCGCACCAUUUUAAAACUUUACAAUGGUACAUAUUAUGUCAUGGGAAUCGAUUAUGAAUCGGAGACGAUCCAGGUUGUGGAUCCUGGUCUACUAAGGGAUACUUGCCCCUUUAGGCCGAUUCACCGUUUGACAAUAUAUAACUUUACCGUAGGCCUCGACGAAGAAGUCUACCGACCAUAUCUUUCCGGACACGGCUUGGGUAAUUAUGGGUAUGCAACCUUCUAUGAUUGCCAGUCGAAAGUUGAGUCCCCAGACUACAUAAAAAUUAAUUGCAGUAAUAGCUCAUCUACUACAUAUUCUUACAUUAAGCUGGGAGAUAGUGUGUCUCAUCUUCUAUCAAAUUGUAGUAUCACCACCAUCGUCCCUUCCAUGUUAUACGAAUCUGGUAAUGAUGAACUUUCAUUUUCUUUCAUCCGCGAUGAGUUGAGAAAGGGUUUUCAACUUACAUGGUACCCUCUUGUCCCAGGCAACUCAAAUUGUUUUCGUGAAUGCUUGAAAGAUGGUUUUGUACUAGCCGCCAAGAUCACCGGAUUGGGUCUGACUGUACGUAUGGCACUCAGCAUCAUUGCUUUGCUGGUUUUCUGGAGCUACAAACUGUAUUGGAAAAAGUUCCGGCAGGAUGAUAAGGCCGUUGAAGAAUUCUUGGAUGCGUACAAGAAUCUUAUGCCAAGCAGGUAUUCAUAUUCAGAAAUUAAGACGGUGACGAAUGAUUUCAAAGAUAAACUUGGUCAGGGAGGUUUUGGCUCUGUCUAUAAAGGCCAGCUAUCAAAUGGUCAUCUUGUUGCAGUAAAGAUGUUGAAUGAUUCCAAAGGUAAGGGGCAAGAUUUCAUCAAUGAAGUUGCCACAAUAGGAAGAAUUCAUCAUGUCAAUGUGGUGCAACUAAUUGGAUUCUGUUCAGAGGGGUCUAAAAGAGCUCUUGUUUAUGAUUUCAUGCCUAAUGGAUCCCUCGACAGAUAUAUAUUGCGGGAUGCGGAAAAAGAUCUUACUCUAAGUUGGGAUAGAAUGCAUGAGAUAGCUCUAGGGGUGGCUCAUGCAAUUGAAUAUCUACACCAGGGAUGUGAUAUCCAAAUUCUACAUUUUGAUAUUAAGCCCCACAACAUUCUCCUUGAUGAAAGCUUUAAUUCCAAAAUUUCAGACUUCGGCCUUGCAAGAUUUUACCCGAGAGAACAGAACACUGUUUAUGUUACUGCAGCAAGAGGCACAAGGGGAUAUAUAGCUCCAGAAAUGUUCUACAAAACUAUUGGUGGUGUUUCCUACAAAGCUGAUGUUUAUAGCUUCGGAAUGUUGUUACUGGAAAUAGCAGGGCGGAGGAAAAACUUGAAUGCACAUGCAGAACAUUCGAGCCAAAUAUAUUUUCCUUCGUGGAUCUAUGAUCAACUGGAAAAGGGAUUAAGCAUUGAAAUUGAGGAUGCCUGUGAGUAUGACAAGAGAAUAGCCAAGAAGCUGCUCAUGGUUGCUUUGUGGUGCAUACAACUCAUGCCUGUGGACCGCCCUUCAAUGACCAAGGUUUUAGAGAUGCUUGAAGGUGAAGAUCAAGUCUUGAAAAUGCCUCCAAAGCCGUUCUAUUGUCCCCAACAGAUGCCAACUCAGGAUUUACCUUAUGACAGUGAUGAGACAGAUAUUAAAGAGGUAUCCACCCUGCCACAGAGCGCUACAGAAUCUACUUCCAUGGUAUAAGGGGAUGUAAUUAAUGCCCUAUUCAUUCUUGUAUGCCUCUUCUUAAGCUUCAUUACAAUUCGAAACUUUGAAUAACAGGUCAAUAAUGAGCUUUAUCAGGAUCUAUCAAAAAUUGUUUAUUUGAUCAAUUCCUAAAGGAAUUCUAGGAAUUUCAUAUUAUACUAGUGUGAUG